CCCUAACUGAGUCGAAGUCCAGGAUUCGCCCCUGGUUGAAACUUGUGAAAUGCUAUUGUCUUCGGCGUCUGGAUUCUAGAAACAUUGGUAGCUCCAGAAGCUUAUAUCGCUGGAUUGACGAAUGCUUCAAACAUCCAAAUGGUGCCAAAUACAUGCCAUGCUAAGUGUGCAUUUUUUAACCUUUCAACAUAGGACAAUUAAUUCCGGCAUGGACCGAAAAAAAUAAUAAAAAGGACGAAAAGAAGAGUAAUAUAUAGAAACAUCCUCCUAAGCUUAGAUGGGGAACCUUGUAAUUCCCAUUGUGUGCUACCAUCCAAAGUCCACCUCUUUGACAUGGCUUAUAAAUAUCACAGGACAAUAAAAAGGCCCAUCACAGAUAAAGAAGAAAUGGCAGAUAAUAAGCCUCAUAUCAUAGUCUUCCCUUUUCCUGCACAAGGUCAUAUAAAUCCAGCACUGGAAUUCUCCAAGUGCCUAGCCUCAAAUGGCCUAAAAGUGACCAUCAUUCUAACCACUAUGGUAAGCAAAUCUGCACAAGUUCCAUCGAACACAUCGAUCAAUGUCGAAACUAUCUCCGAUGGUACAGAAGAUGUUAAAGAACAAGAGAGUAUAGAAGGCUUCUUCAAGCGAUUCAAAGAAAAAGCUUCCCAGAACUUGGCCAAGUUCAUUCGGGAACAAAGAGAGACAUGCCCGGCUAAAGUUCUGGUGUACGACUCGACCAUGCCAUGGGCUUUGAAUGUAGCACACCGGGAAGGCCUACUUGGGGCUUCAUUUUUCACACAGGCUAGUGGUGUGUGUGCUGUCUACUAUCAUAUGUACACAGGGUUGAUAAAAUUUCCUUAUCAAGAUUCGGAGAUAGUGUUGCCUUCCAUGGUUCCGCUUGGUGUCAAUGAUUUGCCUUGUUUUUCGUUUUUACCGGAUGCAGAGAAUACCAUUUUAAGGCAACUUACUGAUCAAUUCUCAAAUCUUGAGGAAGCAGAUUGGAUCUUUAUCAACACUUUCGACAAGCUGGAAAAUGAGGUACUUAACUGGAUGACAAGCCGGUGGCCGUUUAAGACUGUUGGACCGACUUUUUCAUUAACAUACCCGGGAAAGGAAAUUGCCAACGAAAAAACUCAUAAGAUUAAUCUAUUUGAACAAAAUUAUGAAGAAAGCAUGAAAUGGCUAGAUUCAAGAGAAACUGGUUCUGUUGUGUAUGUCUCAUUUGGAAGUGUCGCAAGCCUCAAAGAAGAACAAAUGGAAGAACUAUCACAUGGCCUUAUGAUGAGCAACUGCUAUUUCUUAUGGGUAGUUCGAGCUUCAGAGGAGAAUAAACUUCCAAAAAACUUCACUUCAAUGGUAUCCGAAAAAGGUCUAGUAGUGAAUUGGUGUCCCCAAACAGAAGUCUUGUCUCAUCGGGCCAUAGCGUGCUUUAUGACACACUGUGGAUGGAAUUCUACACUCGAGGCAUUGACUUCUGGGGUUCCUUUUAUAGCCAUGGGACAGUGGGUUGAUCAAACGACUAAUGCGAAACUUAUUGAGGACGAAUUUAAAGUAGGGAUACGCGUUAAACCCGAUGAAAAUGGGUUGGUUAGUAGAGAAGAAAUUGAAAUGUGUAUAAAAGAAGUUAUUCGAGGAGAACAAGGAAAGAAGCUCAAAGAAAGUGCCGACAAGUGGAAGGAAUUGGCCAAAGAGGCCGUCGAUAAAGGUGGGAGUUCUGCUACGAACGUUGAAGAUUUUGUUUCGAAACUUUUCACUUGUUGAAGAUUUUGUUUCGUAACUUUUUGACUUUGUUACUUAUGCUUUUCAGAUUACAGCUAGGAUGGAAAAUGAUUUCAGAAUUUAACGGUAAAAUUGGAAAUAAAGUGUUUUUGUCCCUCUUGACUUGUUAAAGUCAAAUUUGCUGAUGCCAACACAGGUCAUUCAUGACGUAAUCUGUGGCACAGUUGGGAAGAAAUCAGUCUAUUUAACUUUGUAAUCAUCCAUUAAUUGAUAAAACGUUACAUUAUAUGUCUC